GAUGCCAGGUGAUUGAUUACCUACUCGUGUAAAGAUACGGACAUCUCGAAGCAAGAUGAUUAAUUAGAUAGGCACUGAUAUUUUCUUUUCUUUUCAAUAUUUGGGUUGCUUGCAUUGCACACAUCGUAUAUCAUAUACCAUAACUCUACGCACCGUUCCUGGUACGACCUUGGCAAGCCUGCUCAGCCCUGUUUUCUGCUUUCAGCGCCCAAGUGCUUCUUUCUGAUACCCAAUCAUGGCGACGCAACCACCCCCUCCUAAGGCUUCGAGAUCAUUCUCAUUGCCAUCAUGUACUUGAUCAAUACGCAGACUCUUCGCCUUGAGGAGUUUCAGAGCGAGGAGGGCCUGCAGUAUGCAAUCCUCUCACAUCGGUGGGAGGAUGGCGAGGUGACCUUUCAAGAUAUGGAAUCUGGCCGUGCACCAACCAAGCCGGGAUUCGUCAAGGUCCAGAAAUGUUGCGAACAGGCCAGACGACGCCACUUGCGUUAUGCGUGGGUCGAUACUUGUUGCAUAGACAAGAAAAGCAGCGCCGAGCUCUCGGAGGCCAUCAAUUCUAUGUAUCGCUGGUACCAGAGGUCCGACGUAUGCUAUGCCUUCUUGUCCGAUGUCGAGACUCUGUCCUCCUUCCACCAAAGUUUAUGGUUCACCCGCGGAUGGACACUACAAGAACUUUUGGCCCCGCGCAGGGUGCGGUUUUACAACAGCUCGUGGAAAUGCCUCGGGGAAAAACAGGGACUGCAUGCGUACAUUAGCGAGGCUACCAAAAUCAAUCAGUCCAUCCUUCAAAAUUCUAUGUCGGUGUUUGAUUGCUCAAUUGCGGAGCGAAUGUCAUGGGCAGCCCACCGCAAAACAACCCGCAUCGAAGAUCGAGCUUACAGCUUGUUAGGACUGUUCGAUGUCAAUAUGCCCCUGCUGUAUGGCGAAGGUGAGAAGGCCUUCAUACGGCUUCAAGAAGAAAUUAUCCGCCACUCGAGUGAUCACUCGAUUUUUGCCUGGUCCUUGCCGACUCCUCCUGAGAAUAGGCACUUCGGCCUAUUGGCACACUCUCCAGAAGCCUUUUCCGAGGCUAUAGGCAUCCGAUCUCAAGUGCAUAGCAGAAUGCAGUCUCCAUACACGGCAACAAAUCAAGGCCUUUCAGUAACUCUUAAGUUGACUCCCUGGACGGCGGAUACUUAUGUUGCUUUUCUCCAAUGUUUCAGGAUGUGCGAUAGCAUCAACAUCGGCCUAGGGAUUUUCUUACGCAGACUAAGACAAGAUGACCAGUACGCACGAGUAUCGUACCACGACUGCUCCACAAUCCUGAUCAACAACCACCUCCACAGAGAGGCGCAGCUAACUCGAAACGUAACCGUAUAUGUGAAGCAAAAUCAUCAUCUUACCAAGGGCUUUGGUAUGAUUACCGACUCUUCGGCUAUCGGCCUAUUGAAUUACUUAGAUACACCCCGGCCCCGUAUCUACGGCUAUCGUAUCAUAAUACCGGAGCUGAGGGAUAUAAUGAAAAGAGUCCCACAAAGUUUUGUGGAAGUUCCAGCUGGUAAUGAUUGGGAUCCCAAUACAUCCAUCAUGACGAUGAAGGAAGGAGGCUUUGGAACCGUCGGAAUCCUCAACUUGGAGAUGUUCGACAUUGAUUUGAGGAUGAUCAAACUGGGAUUCGAUUUCGACCACAAUCCAGUCGUAGCUAUCAUCGAAAAGACUCCCAGCCAGUCACUUGCCUUUGAAUCAUUCUGUCCUAUGUACAGCCCUGCAAAGCCUGCCAGUGUCUACUCCCAUAAUCCAUCUAACUCGUUUCUAGAAGGAAAUGAUGGUAUUUGGGCAAUGCAAGGAGAUAGAGUUGAUGGUCUUCAUGUUAAACUGUUGACUAGCAGUCGGAUUCGAAAAGAAAAUCAGGAACAUGACGCGCUAUGGAUUCGUAUUCAGAGAGCCACCUUCAACAACAUGAUAGUCUGGGAACUGGAUAUAUAUGAUCUGAUAGUACCACAUACUACAACCCAGAUUCUUGAGCAGUAAUAAAUUAGUUACUUUACGUAGCCAAGUUCUUGAUUGAGAACCCACGAUCAUGACCAAAAGUGUGUUAUCAACCAGUGUCUAUAUAUCCUUCCCCC